AUGAGUAUGUCUGCGGACACGCGCGACAGAUGCAGCGCGGUCAAAGAACCGGAUGUGAAUUCUCCUUUGAGGUUUCGAACUUCUAAUUCAGAUGGUAGACUCCCGAGCCAUGAGGGCGUCGGGUCGCCACGACAAUUGCCUGGACCACAAGACUCUACAGAGGGCAAGAGUCUAGGCGACAUGAGCUACCCUCUGGAGGAGGCACAUGAGACCAGAAAAAUCCUACAACAAGAGCUUAGCGGUGCCAAGCGACUGUCAGCUCGCUGA